UUCGGAGGGGACUGAAGGAGCGGGUGCGGGGGGGUUGCCGUGCGAUCAUGCAGAGGGCCAGCGUGAUGGGGAUGCCCUGCCCGGAACCCAGUGGAUCUUAUUCCCAGCAGUUCAAAGCCAUGAGGUUUUCGUACCACAUCGAGGCGGGAGCAGCUUCCUCUCCCCAGAUCCGAGCCGGUCCUGCUCAGCCCCCACGGCUCCUGGUCAAGAGCCUCUCCUUGGAGCCUAAUCCAGAACAUCGCUCUCCAGAAGCCCCCCAGCGACUCAUCUCUGAUCCAGGACCUGACAGCAGCGAAGGAGAAGUGGCCAAACUCCGGCCACUCAAACGACCCCCAGGACCAAAACCACAAGUCCCUCCUAAACCAGCCCAUCUGCAGAAUAUCCAGCCACUGCGUCUCCCUGAAUCCAUCCCCCCACCUCCAUCGCGACCACUCCCUGCUGAUCCCCGCUUAAGCCGCAGCCCCCUGCCUAAGGAUGGAUUGGGACCAUUAUCUGCCGUCUCCUGCCUCAUUGAGAAGUUUGAGAGGGAACCUGUAAUCCUGGCUGUCGAGCAGGCCCCGUCGCCGUGCCCCAGUCCAGAUCUCCAGACCCCUGAGACAGGUUCCAUGGAGCCCUCGCUAGACUGCCCAACUUCACUGGAAUCGGCAGAGCUGGCUCACAAACUCCUGGACCUCCUGGCUCUGGAGGGAGGGCAAGAGCCUUCCGUUGGUGCUGCCUGCUUGCCGUCUCACGAUGGUGGGAAGCUGGCUAACCGAGACAGUGGCAUUGAUAGCAUCAGCUCCCCAUCUAACAGUGAGGAGAUCUGCUUUGGGGCCGACGAGGGCACAGGAGAGGGAGCGGGGCCACCCGUGCCUGCUGCUGUCAUCAAGCGUCGCUCAACCCGUGAUUCUGAAGUGGACAGUGACAUGGACGAUGGCAGCGGGGAUGAGGCUGAGCUGCUACCGGAGCUCCCUCCCCCACCAGCAGAAAGACAGGACUCAGAGGAGAUGACAGUUCCACAAAAGGUUUUCCGAAUUGCCAACGAGCUUCUCCAAACAGAAAAGGCCUAUGUGUCUCGCCUGUAUCUGCUGGACCAGGUCUUCUGCGCACGUCUGCUGGAAGAAGCACGCAGCCGGAACUCUUUCCCGGUGGACGUGGUGAUGGGUAUUUUUGCCAACAUCUGCUCAAUCUACUGCUUCCACCAGCAGUUCUUGCUCCCAGAAUUGGAGAAACGUAUGGAGGAAUGGGACCAGCACCCGCGCAUCGGGGAUAUCCUGCAGAAACUGGCUCCUUUCCUCAAGAUGUAUGGUGAAUACGUAAAGAACUUUGACCGUGCCAUGGAGCUUGUCAGCACCUGGAUGGAGCGCUCAGCACAGUUCAAGAGCAUCAUCCAUGAAGUGCAGCGGGAAGAGAUAUGUGGGAACCUGACCCUGCAGCACCACAUGCUGGAACCUGUCCAGAGAAUCCCUCGCUACGAGCUGCUGCUGAAGGACUAUCUCCUCAAAUUGCCUCAGGACUCGCCCGAUUGCAAGGAUGCCCAGAAAUCCCUAGAACUUAUUGCAACAGCAGCAGAGCACUCAAAUGCAGCCAUCCGCAAAAUGGAGAGGAUGCACUCGUUGCUGAAGGUGUACGAGCUGCUUGGAGGUGAGGAAGACAUAGUGAAUCCCACCAAUGAGCUCAUCAAGGAAGGGCACAUCCUGAAGCUUUCUGCCAAGAACGGUACCACACAAGACCGGUACCUGAUCCUGUUCAAUGACUGGUUGCUGUACUGCGUGCCCAAGCUGCGCCUCAUAGGCCAGAAAUUCGGAGUCCGUGCUCGCAUAGACGUGGAGGGGAUGGAGCUGAAGGAGACCAGCAGCCUCAAUGUGCCCAGGACCUUCCUUGUAUCAGGGAAGCAGCGAUCCCUAGAACUUCAGGCCAGGACUGAAGAGGAGAAGCGAGACUGGAUCCAGGCAAUACAGGCAACAAUUCAGAAACACGAGCAGACUCUGGAGACGUGCAAGCAGCUGGUCAGUGAGGAUGAAACUCCACCCAAUUCGCCUGGGUGUGAGCUGGGGCGACGGGCCCCCACGCCAAUCCGGGAAAAAGAGGUCACCCUGUGUAUGCAGUGCAAGGAGCCCUUCAAUGCCCUCACCAAGCGGAGGCACCAUUGCCGGGCCUGUGGCCAUGUUGUCUGUGGGAAAUGUUCAGAGUUCCGGGCCCGCCUGGUGUAUGACAACAACCGGCCCAACCGUGUCUGCACUGACUGCUACGCAACGCUACAGGGCUCCCCCGCCAGCCCUGCCCCACACCCCAACACACCUCAGCGCCGGAGGUCCAUUCUGGAGAAACAGGCUUCCGUGGUGGCAGAGAACAGUGUGAUCUGCAGCUUCUUGCACUACAUGGAAAAAGGAGGGAAGGCCUGGCACAAAGGCUGGUUUGUCAUCCCCGAAAAUGAGCCCCUGGUGCUGUACAUCUAUGGAGCCCCACAGGAUGUCAAGGCCCAGCGCUCGAUGCCUCUGAUCGGUUUCGAAGUGAGCCUGCCUGAACCCGGCGAGCGGGUGGACCGGCGUCAUGCCUUCCGGAUCAGCCAGAGCCACCUGUGCUGGUAUUUCAGCCCUGAGACUGAAGAGCUGCGGCAGCGGUGGAUGGAGGUGCUGAGCAGGGCAGGCCGCGGAGAAGAAGGCAGAGGGCCGCCCUCCAUCCAGGAGGCAGAUGAGGAUACGGAGGCAGAGAGAACCUAGAGGCAGAGGGCUGGGCAGCUGGGAAUUGCGGAUUCUGCCCACUUUGGGAACUUGCUCACCAUUCUCUGACCAGUAUACUUGAACGUUCCUUUCUCCCUCUCUCUCUCUGGCACUUUCUCCCCUUCCUUUUAGUCCGCAUCAGCACAGCCACCCUGCCCCUGCCGCUCUGUGAUGGCAGCAUUCCCAGCCACCCCCAGCUGCAGAGGCGAUGCACGUCACACGUUCUGACGGUUUGCUCCAGGCCGGUUCCUGCUCCUAGCUGUAGCACGUAGUAAUCGGAGCAUCUCCACUUUCUUCCUUUCGUCCCAUCCUCUAUGCAGGAAGAAAUGGAUCCGAGCGGGUGGAUGUCUUCCUUCCAACACGUGCUUCCCCCCUUCUUUGCAUCUUGGACCAAGAUCUGUUCUUUCAGUCCCCACUGCUUACUUAGCACUUACCGAACAUAUGUUCUCUGCAGUGGUUUGGGGGGAAUUGGGGCAGCAUAGGGAGAGAGUUGAAACAAUUCUUUCAGUGGAACGCAAACAGGGGCAUGGGAGUUUUCCUCUCUUGAGCAUUUAUUUCCCUUGCUUGUUACCCUCCUCCCUGUAUUUGUGUGAGACUGGGUGGCGUUUUGUCUUGUGAUGUUUCCUCACACAAUACUGACCAUUUUUGGACCUGGAAA